CUUCGCGUUUCCCUGGCGUUUGGCGUCAUUCACGUGUAAAACUGGCGCCCGAUCUACAGGUUAUUGCGCAUGUUUCUGGGAAGGUGCUGGCAGGAGGACGGAACACCUGCUGGAGAGAGGUGCUAGUGAAGGUGGUGAAGGGUGAGCGCUUCUCAACACAACAUCACCUCUUUCCAUCUUGAUGCCAUGGAGACUGCCGGAGCAUCAUUCCCCUUCACUGAUCUCCCCGCUGUGGAGUCUGCACACACCAGCGCCAAGACGGAUCUAUGAAACCUGCAUGGAUUUGACAAAUGCUUUCUCCUUCUCUCCUCUGACUUUCCUGUGAUGAUAUGAGACGACGGAUCGCGGACAUUUCCCCCGCAUCCUGGGCAUCCCGAACGGACUGAGAACGCAUCUGCAACAGGACUCAGCCUUCCCAGAGGGUGAAGAUGCCUUUUCACCAUGUGAGAGCAGGGCUGCUGUACACAGACAACUUCCUGGCCCACUCUCUCUCUGAGAUCAGUGAGGAACAGUUAGCCCACAUCUCCACCGAAGAGCUUGAUGAGAUUCGGGAGGCGUUCCAGGUACUAGACAGGGAUGGGAAUGGCUUCAUCUCAAAACAGGAGCUGGGUGUGGCCAUGCGCUCACUGGGCUACAUGCCCAGCGAAGUGGAGCUAGCCAUCAUUAUGCAACGCCUGGAUAUGGAUGGUGAUGGACAGGUGGAUUUUGAUGAGUUUGUGACGAUACUCGGACCCAAGCUCCUCUCGUCUGACAGCAGAGAAGGCUUCCUUGGCAGCACUAUAGACAGCAUCUUCUGGCAGUUUGACAUGCAGCAGAUGUCUCUGGAGGAGCUUAAACAAGUCCUGUUCCAUGCCUUUCGAGACCAUCUGACAAUGAAGGACAUUGAAAACAUCAUUGUGAAUGAGGAGGAGAGCCUGAAGGACAACUCAGGAAACUGCCAGACUGAAUUUGAGGGAGUGCACUCUAAAGGCAAGAAUCGGCAAACGUGCGUCCGCAAGAGCCUGAUCUGCGCUUUCGCGAUGGCCUUCAUCAUCAGCGUCAUGCUCAUUGCGGCCAACCAGAUGUUGCGUAAGGGUAUGGAUUAGCUCUGUCCACUGUGACUCGUGACUGAUAAUACCUCUGCUCCACUUAUUUAGCCAAACAAGACAUAUCAACGAACAACUAAAUAUGUCGUUGACAUUUAUUGCUUUGUAAUUGGACUUGCAGUGAGCAAGCGUCCCACUGUGCGGAAGACACCAGCCCACUACGCUCUGGAUUUAAUGCACUCUAUAGACUUCUAUGCAUCCAGCUUUAAAGCAUAUAAUAAAGAAGUACUUCCUCAGAAGAAACGGAGCCAACACAUGGGUGUAAGGAAAGUCACAAACUGACAUCAUAAAACUCUAAUAACAGUUGUUUACCCUCCCUUUAUCUCUCUGACAGGAAGACACAAGGGCUCCCCUUCGGUGCCCCUUUAAUGCAAUAAAAUUUUGGCCCCCUCUUGUAUUUGUAUGUGUUUUUCUCCCAUCUUCUCAUCAACUUCAGACGCCAUCUGAAACAGGAGUCAUGAAGAGGACGCCAUUCACCAGUAUCUCCCAUCAACUUUCAGUUCAUUGUCUGUACUUGAGCAUGUGCAUGUAAACCUGCUUCAAUCCGAAUAACAGCAUUACAUUUUGCUCUCAAGAGUCAUUUUCUUGAUUAAAAAUGGAGUCACACAAGCUGUAGCGAAGCACAGUGAUUGAAGGAUGAUGCCAUAUUUUCCAGACAAUAAGUUGCUCUGGAGUAAAAAAAAAGGUACAUCUAUGUUUAUGAAAGUAUGGGAUUUGAUUAUAUAUAUUUUUUUGUAUUCUGAUUAGAUGUUAUUUUAACUUUUUCUAUGCACUAACAGUUCAACAGGAAGCAUUCUGUCAGACAUUUUUUGUGUAUAUUGUAUCUUUACAAUCAUGCAGAUUUGGGUCAUACAGGCAACAUGAUUGAUGGACAGGCCUGAAUCCUUCCUGAUCCUAAUUGGCUAGAUGUGGGUGGUGCACAUAAUUUGAAUUUUCUCUCAUUUACAGAGCCUGGUGCAGCACAGAGACCAAAUGUUUUGCCUCUGAGCAGAUAUUUAAUUGAAUAUGAGGAUAAUUUUGACAGGCACCAAUGUCUUGAUUUAUAAAUCCCUCAGCCCACUUCUGAUGCAAAACAUUCAGCUACCUGGAAGUGGGCAUUUUAUAGUCUGGAAAAUAUGGUUCAUAAUUACCCCCAGCGUAACUGAUAAUACCUAUACAUGGAAACCUAAUGUAUGUGUAGCUAUAAUAAAAAGAAUAGCUAGGUUAGUAAUUGUUAGUCAUGCUUGAAAAAGACAUAUGAGGGGUUAAGCAAUGUAAAGACAUAUCAGGGGUUAAGUCAUUCUUUUUGAUCAAAGCUGAGUAUGAGGUCUUAAGGUCUGAUGAACAUUUUGUCUGAUUACCAGUACAGUGAUUCACUUCUGCAGAAGUGUCUAUGACAAGUUUUUGGACUUUUUUUGGUCCAUUUUUAAUUACUCAUUCAGUUCAGACUCAGGCUCAGUGAAUGCAGCAUUUAGGUGCACCUGAAAUAAACUGGUCUGUCUCUUCUCUUUAUGUCUUUAUAUCUCCCGUUACUGUAUGUAACCCUUUCUCUGUGGUGAAAAUAUUCGACCUGUUUUUGAAUAUAUUUAAAUGUGUCAAUACUCCCCUUGCCUGUUCACGCUGUUUAUGUGGAAUAGUGUAGCAGAGUCAUGUUCUCUCAUAUAGCACUGCAUGCAUGUCUGUGUAUAUAAUGCUGUGUUAGCAGAACUGUCUGUUGGAUGCAUACCUAAAUGUCUAUAGUCCAUGCAUGUCUGAAACUGUUUCUACACAUAUGUGUAAAGCACUGGGUUUUGCUUUUUAAAAAUCAUUUAUUUUAAUGGAAGCAUUCAGGUGUCUUCCUGUCAUAUCUCAUGUUUAAAAAGAAAUGAUGAGGUUGUUGAAUGAAAUGAGUCAUUACAAGUGAUUUAUGUACGGAAUAAUACACACCAGGGCGUGCUGGUUAAGAAAAAUAAUAGAGAAUGAUUUUUCAAUGACAGCAUGUACUGAAGUGUCUUAUUCCGUUUAUACCACAGCAGUUUGCAAACUAUCAUAUUUUUUUUUUUCCAAUAACAACACAUUUUAUGUUACUGAGAACAUGCAAAUACCUCCCUCUUUUCGAAAAAAUGAAAGAGACAGCUUUGCCUGUCACUGUUACAAAGAGCUGACACUGGAGACUCCUUUCCAAAAUGUUAAAUAUUCUUCUGCUAACACAUUACUCAUCUGUUUAUGUGGACCAUCUGCCUUGCAAGAUGUAAGUUGUUAUAUUAUAAACAAGGUUUAGGAAAGGUGAACAUUAAAGUUAAUAUUAAAUUAAUAUUAAACUUAAGUUCACCUUGCAGAUGACACUACUACUAUUAGAGUUUAAAAUGAAUGACAAUUGACAUUGAAGAAAUCAGCAGUGCUGUGGUAUAAGUGUGGAAUAAUAAUUGUACCCUAUGAAGGGUCCAAAUCAGAUAAAUUCUUAGGGGGUGAAGAUUUGCUAUCCAAGACACAGUUGCCAAACAGUGGGACUCCAGCAAGAGUCAGGAGGCAAUUGUGAAUGGAUAUAGACAACUGCAGUAUCACACACGUAUCUCUUUCAUAUUACUAUUAUUCAAAUAUUUGUGUAAAUGUGUAGAAAAUAGAUAGAAAUGCUCCCGUCCCAGUGAAAAAGGUGGGGUGUCUGUGCAGGUCAGGUCCCUUGAAAACAAGGCUAUUCAUUUAUUUUUGUAGAAUUCGGAAUGACAUCAAAAUCACAUAAAAACUGCUUUAAAAUGUAUUAUUCUGAAUGGACAGAUCUUGGAUUGGAUCCUAGACUAAAUUGUUGAUGUGCAGGGGUUUUGCAGAAGAGUUGCCUACCUUUUAAGUUAAUAUGUGGUCAAUGGCUCCACCUAGUGAGGCUUCAAUUUAAUUUUUAAAAAAUUAUCAUUAUUAUUAUUAAGGAGAAAGCAAAUAUUGAACAUGAGCAUAUAAACUACCUUAAAUUACCUAAACAUCUAAAUCAUUAACUGAAACCAAUACUAUAUAUUUAAAUUCCAUCAUCCCCAGUUAAAGUA